AAAUGAAAACCGAGUCCAAAGUAUCAAACAGGGGGAAAAAGAAAACCCUCGGAAGCUACGAGGAGCAACACCGUUGUCAUCUUAACUCGUGUUCGUCCAAAACAUUCAAUGAGUUAGUAUGUAAAAAUUGAUCAUAGAACAACUUUAUGAAAAUAUGUAUAUGCUCAAUGAGAACUAGCUAGCCUGCUGCAAGCUGAAACGAAAGAUUCCAGUAGCUAGAGCAUGUAGCUGCCAGCCCUAUUUCCCACAGAGAGAGAGAGCACAGCACAGUAAUUAGCUCUGUGCAAGACAUUGCUAUAGUUAUGUUAUGUCGGUUUCAAAGACCAUAGUUCUGCUCCGUCAUGUUUAUCACUUUUUCCCCCUUCUAUUGUCAUUUUGACCGUUCUGCUUAAUUUUUCCACAUUUAGUUACUAAUUCUGUCAUCUCCUUUCACUUCCAUUUCUAUGCAAUCCCUAACACUAUCAUUUUCUCUGGCUUUUUAUUGGUUAACCAAUGACGACAACUUUAAGGGUUAAUUUCCAUGCAGCUUUAGCACAACCACUGGCAUUGAGAUCAAGUAAUUGACUGCUAGAUAUAUAUAUAUAUAUUCCUUUCCUUUCAAUCUCUUUUGCCUUCUAUAUAUCCAUCAAAGAUAAAAGCUUUUGUCUAGAGUGUUUCUUUUUCUUUUUCCCUUAUAUUAUUGGAUUUAGUUUCUUCCUCCCAGGUGAUAUCAUGGCUCUUUCCGUGUCUCUUUUUUUUGUUGGGUUACUUGUUUUUGCAAGUGAGGUGAUUGCUAUUUCAAGAAACUACUCAUCAGAUGGGAGUAGUGGUACUAAUAUGGCGAUGGAAGAAGAAGAGCUUUUAGGUCUUUAUGAUCUUAUGGGUGCCCUUCUUGAUGAUUUUGAUUGGGCCCAAGCGCACCCACAACCUUGCACUGACACACCAUGGCCUGGUGUUCAAUGUGAGAUUGCUGAUGGUGCUAUCUUUCAUGUCACAAAGAUUCAUAUUGGUCCUGAUAUUGUUAACCCUCCUUGUAAAACUUCUGCUCAGUUAUCAAGCUCCUUGCAUAAACUACCUUACCUUAAAUUCCUUUCUAUAUUUAACUGUUUUGUAACAUCUCCUGUCAUUCUUUCUCAUGUUGCUUUUGGAACUCUCUCUUCACUGGAGCAUCUUGCCCUUGAUUCUAAUCCAACUCUCACUGGAAAGAUACCAUCAAGUUUAGGACAAGUUACCAGCUUAAGAGUUCUGAGUCUGUCUCAGAAUAAUCUACAAGGAAAUGUUCCUGGUGAGCUUGGUGGGUUGGUAAAUCUACAGCAACUUGAUCUGAGUUAUAAUAAUCUAAGUGGUGAAAUCCCUGAGAAGAUUGCUGGGUUGAAAAGCUUGACCAUUUUGGACUUAAGCUGGAAUAAUCUUGAAGGACAGGUUCCUUGUUCUUUGGGUCAGCUUCAGCUUCUCCAGAAAGUUGAUUUAAGCUCUAACAAGCUUCUUGGAAGGAUACCUCCCGAUUUGGGGAUGUUAAAGAGGUUAGUAUUGCUUGAUUUGAGCCAUAAUUUCAUGAAUGGCCCGAUGCCUGUAACCCUCUCCGGUUUAAAACAGUUACAGUACUUGAUAGUUGAUUAUAAUCCUAUAAAUUCAGGGAUACCCUUGUUUGUAGGGUCACUGGAAAGGCUUACAUCAAUAAGUUUGUCGGGAUGUGGAUUAACAGGCUUGAUACCAAAUUCUUUGUCUUCAUUAAAAAAUCUAACAGCCUUAUCUCUAGAUAACAAUAGCCUUAUUGGGACAGUUCCUUCAAACUUUGGGUCACUGCCAAACCUUGAUCUGUUGAAUGUAAGCAACAAUCAGCUAAGUGGAGAACUACUACUUCCGGAGGAAUUCAUUAACAGGCUUGGCAAGAGGUUAGAUAUUAGAGGAAACAAUGGAUUGUGUACAAGCAAAGAAACGUACAAGAAGAAAAAUGUCUCUGCAAAUCCAGAGACCCCGUCUUGCUUGGAUACAAUAGGCAGCGGUGAGCAUAAUAAUUGUCCAGAUAAAGAAAAUCAAGAUCAGUCCAAAGGAAUGCAAUAUUCAUGGUACCAUGGCAAGAUAAGUUCAAAUGCUAUAGAUGUAGCAUCCCCAUAUCAGAAUCUUUUUCUUCUUCAAUGUACUUUUCUUCUUUUCUCUUUUCCACCUUUCUUUUUGUAAACACAGGAUAUACAUGUUUUACUACUACUACAAGUAGAAAGAAAGAAAGUGAAAGGACACAUUGGUUUUUCUUUUCCACUGUCAUGUAGAGGAGACUGAGUUUUGCUCUAAGAAGCAUCAUUCAGCACAAUAACGGGUGCAUUUACUACCCUGUAGCAAAACUUGCAUCAGGCAGGGAUGCUAAAAUGGUGCGGAAUGAAGAUAGGUAUUGUUAUUUUAAUCAAUAGUUGAAGUAAGACGAAAGGGCGGAAAAGCUUUUACAAUUGUCAUUGUUUGUUUAGUUUUUUAUUUUGACGUUCUUAAAAGUAAAGAGAAAACAGAAAAGAAACAGCUGAGUUUCUUUCCUGAUCCAUCAGCGUUAUUGAUUACUCAGAAAGGGAAACAGAAUAUAGCAUCCGUAAUCGUUCGAUAGUGUGCGAGAGAGAUCUCCAGUCUCCAAAGACGGAGACGCCGUAAGAGCCCUCCCAAGUCUGGCCCAAGUUUUUAAUCUUUGAAUUGGCAUUUCAUUUGAAAAGCCCAAAAUGCCUCGACCGAUACGUCCAAUGAUAAAGGAUUACCUAUAUUCGAAUACGGACAGUUUCAUUCUCAGUUGGAUCAGCUCAUUCCCAUACUUUAUACAGUUUCUGAUAAUUUAUGGAUAAUUAUAAAACAAAUAGUUGAGCCUUAUUUGCAUAAUAUUUUAUCAUCUAUGUUAAAAUAGGAUCUGUUUCUUUUUUCAUAAAUUUUUACA